AAGUUGUAAACUAACCCAACCUUUCUUCACUCUCUCCUUAGGUCUAUAAAUAAAGUACCUUACCCUUCACUUUACUUCACUCAUUCACUUCUCAUUCUCUCUCUCUUUAUCUCUCAUAGUGCAUUUUGCCUCUCCUUUCAUCAACCCUACAAACCAAAGAAAACAUGGCUCCAAUGAGUUUGCUCUUGGUUGGAUUUCUUACUAUAUUUUCCUCAGCUUAUGCCUAUGGUGGUGGAGGAUGGACUAAUGCACAUGCAACCUUCUAUGGAGGAAGUGAUGCAUCAGGAACAAUGGGUGGGGCAUGUGGAUAUGGUAACCUCUACAGUCAAGGUUAUGGAACAAACACUGCAGCUUUAAGCACAGCUUUGUUCAACAGUGGUUUGAGCUGUGGUUCAUGUUUUGAGAUAAGAUGUGCUGGUGACCGUAAAUGGUGUCUUCCUGGUUCCAUUUUGGUCACUGCCACUAAUUUUUGUCCUCCAAACAAUGCUUUACCUAAUAACAAUGGAGGAUGGUGUAACCCUCCUUUGCAUCACUUUGAUCUUGCUCAACCUGUUUUUCUUAGGAUUGCUCAAUAUAAAUCUGGAAUUGUUCCUGUUUCUUACAGAAGGGUACCCUGCAGAAGAAGGGGAGGAAUUAGGUUUACAAUAAAUGGACAUUCCUACUUCAACUUAGUCCUAGUAACAAAUGUGGGUGGUGCUGGAGAUGUACAUUCAGUUGCUAUUAAAGGUUCAAGAACAGGGUGGAUGCCAAUGUCAAGAAACUGGGGACAAAAUUGGCAAAGCAACAAUUAUCUCAAUGGACAGCCCUUGUCUUUUAAGGUUACAACAAGUGAUGGAAAAACCAUUGUUUCUAACAAUGUUGCCCCUUCUGCUUGGUCCUUUGGUCAAACCUACACCGGUGCCCAAUUCCACUAGGCACAUCAUUUAUCACAAUACAAUUUAUAUAGUAUGUUUUAAUUUAAUUUCCUAAGUUAAGUAUUAGUAUUAGUAUGAAACAAUAGCAUACUAAGGUAUUUAAUAGUAUGCUAGUUGUCCUUAAACCCUAACACAAUUGGCAAAGGCCGAUUUUGUUAGGUUGGACGUCGCCAGCGAGGUUGUUGGUUCGAACGCUGAUACUCAUGGUUAGGUGGAUUGAUACUCAUGGUUAGGUGGAUUGGAAAAUGUGAAGGGCUUUUUUUAAUGGGCUUUUCAUCAUUUUGAUUGUAGCAAGAUGGUUCAUAUUUAUUUGGGCCAUUUUGAUUAUUGGUUUUUUCUUUUUUUUGAAUUAAUCUUCUGUUGCUAAGAAAGCUUGCAGAGAUUAAUUAAUUAUGGUAUUUUAUAGUAUGUUAUUUUUCUAAAUUGGAAGAGGUGGAAAUUAAUACCACCCGCCAUAUUAGUAUUGUUGGAAGCAUUGUUUGCUUCACUAAUUUAUUGUGAGCAACUUUAGCUGAGUAUGUUGAGUUGGGGUAUUAGAGAAUAAUUGUAAAUUUUCUUAUUUAUGCAAGUAAUGGAAUUUUAUGUUAAUUGUGUU